AUGGCGGCGGAGCAGGGCGGGAAAGUGGCCCCCCGGUCCCCUCUCGCUGCCCUCCGCCGCGAAGAUGACAUUUUAGAUGAGGCAACAAGGAAAGACCUUUUCACUGACACUUUCUGUAAGGUCUGCAGGGCAGUGCUGCAGUUUGAGUCUCAAAGGAUGUCACACUAUAAGGGCAAAAAGCAUGCUCAGAAAGUUCAUCUUUACAUCCAAAUGCAUGGUGAGAAAGAUGAGAGGCGGGAGCAUGGCAAACAGAAGAAAACGGAUUGUAUCAAUUUUCAGAUGGACAGGAGCGGAGUACUGGACAAAAACAAAUACUGCAAUCUCUGCAACGUGAUUUUUAGUUCCCCAGUUGUUGCUUUGUCUCACUACUUGGGAAAGAUCCACGCCAAAAAUCUGAAGCAAUUAUCAAGAGAACAAGCCCACAUGCCAGCACAGAGCAUGCAGCCUGUUUCUGCUGAAGAGUCUUCGUCAUCCUCCAACACAAGGCUGAAGUUAAAUGAUCCAGACAAGUACUGCAAGCUCUGCUGUGCUCCCUUCAAUAAUCCACUCACGGCCCAGCAGCAUUAUGUUGGUAAGAAACACAGAAGAAAUGAAGCACGGAGAAAGAUAUUGGAGGAGCUAGGAGACAAAGCUGUCCCUGCAGAAUCCAGCACAAAUGGUUCCUUCUUUUCAGCAGUUGGGGUUGGUUAUUACAUGUGCCCCAUAUGUAAUGUCACGCUUACUUCUAUAGAAACGUACCAGUCCCACAUGCAAGGAAAUAAGCACCGGACCAAUUUAUGCAGAGAAACAGUGCUUGUCAAUCUCAUGAAGAAAUCAAAGAAAACAUAUGACUCCUUUCAAGAUGAAUUAACAGAUUACGUUAAAGUUCAGGAAGCUAGAGGUCUAGAGCCAGGAAGGUAUUUAGGAAAAGCAGAAGAGGAAGAGUUUCAAGAUAAAAACAUUGAAGGAGGAAGUCACCUUGGUGAGGUUAUAUCUUCAAACUUUAAGUGUGAACGAGGCCAGCAUUCCAGCCUUUUCUCAGAAACCCAGUCACCUACAAAUACUGGGGAAAAUAGAUCACCAAGCUGGCCAUCAGCUUGUGAGCAUGCACUAGAAAAGAAACCUAAUUGUCGCUAUAACAAGGGAUACUGUAAAGAAGAGCAAGAAGAGCAAGCAUCUGAGGUGGCCACCAUCAGAGAUAAGAGCUUCAGCCUAUCAGUUGCAGAAUCUAAAGACUGCUACAAGCUUAUGCUAGCUGAAACUUCUACCAGCUCCUACAGAAAAGAACAGAAAUUUCAGAUAAAACAUUUUGAGGAGGAAAAAUAUAUCAGUGAAGAGCUGAAGUAUGAGAAAGAAGCCACAAAGCAGAAAAGAAAGAAAAAUAACGAAGGUACAGAUUUUGGAAAAGAAAAUGAGAAGCAAAAGAGAAUCAAAUUUGAAGUAGACUUGGUAAAUGAGAAGAAAACAAGACCUUAUAAAGCCAAAAGUCUUAAAGAAAACCCUGCUAAGAAAGUGAGCAAAAAGCACAAAAAUGAUAAAAAAAAGCCGCAGACAGAUGGCAAAAGAGAAGAGGAGCUACUUUGGGAUGAAUCUGUCUUGGGAUAUUGA